GCGCGCAUUGGCUACUUUACGACGGAGGGACAUCCACACACACCCCAGUUAGAGGGAGGCAACCGCUGCGAGGAGUCAGAGCCGAGACACCCGAACAAUAACCAGACAGCUCCCCGAGCCCGGACACACAUGAGGCAGAGCGCGAGGGGGAGCGCCGGAGGCUUCCCUGCCGUGUAAAGCCAGCCGGAGACAGAACGGAGCGGAGGAGCGGGGAGGGACGUCCAGCACCGGCGGGAGGAAUCACCGCCACACGGCCGUUAUAUGUGAACGCCGCCGCGGGAUGAAGGGAUUGAGGCGCACACCAAAAUAUGUUUUCCUCUGGGACACAGAGCACAUCUCCUUCCUGAACGGCCAAAUGAAGUGGCAGAAGAAGAUAUUUCUGGCCCUCAUUGUCAUCUGUACUGUCAGUCUUCUGCUGCACCAUGGGGGCCACUUCACCUGGAACAUGGAGGCCUUCCGCUUUGGCUGCUCUCACCAGUCCCAAGGGACAAAGCCGAAACACACCCACAUUGUCUUCCUGAAGACCCACAAAACGGCCAGCACCACCAUGCAGAACAUCCUGUUUCGUUUUGCAGAGCGCAACAACCUGAUGGUGGCGUUGCCGGUCCAAGCAUGCGGUCAUCAGUUCUGUUACCCACGUACCUUCUCCUCUCACUUCGUCCAUCUGCACACGCUGCGACCAAACCUGAUCACCAACCACAUGCGCUUCAAUAAGACAGCAUUGCAGCGCCUGAUGCCAAAUGACACAAUAUAUAUUACAAUCCUGAGAGAACCAGCCUCCAUGUUUGAAUCCUUGUUUACAUACUACAGCCGACACUGUAUGAGCUUCAGGAGAGUCCCGAAUGGCUCUUUGGAAGCGUUCUUGGCAGAGCCGUCACAGUACUACAGGCCACAAGAGGUAGAGUCCAUGUACGCACGCAACACCUUGACCUUUGACCUGGGUGGAGACAAAGAUCGUCCAUCAAAAGACUUGGCUUAUGCACAUGACUUUGUUGCGGAGAUUGAAAAAGUGUUCUCCCUAGUAAUGAUUUCCGAAUACUUUGAUGAAUCACUUAUUCUUCUUCGCCAUCUUCUCUCUUGGGAUUUGGAGGACAUCCUGUAUGUCAAGCUGAACAUGCGGACGGAAAGUUCCAAGAAGAGAUUGUCUCCAGGUCUUCCUGAAAAGAUCCGUGCCUGGAAUUCCAUAGAUGCGUACCUUUAUGAGUACUUUAAUGCUUCAUUCUGGCUCAAACUGUCAGAUUUGGGUCUAGACUGUGUGGCGAAGGAGGUCCAACUUCUUCGACAGGCCCAACAGAGGCUAAUGAGAAGUUGCUUUGGUGGGAAAAUGCCACUUCCACGCCCAGCUGCAGAGAUCAAGAACAAGGAUCUCCGUCCCUGGCAGCCAAGCGACAAAGUCGACAUCGUCGGCUACGACCUCCCGGUAAAUAUAAGCCAUGAGGCACAGGAGCACUGCCUCAAGUACAUCAUGCCAGAGAUCUCAUACACGCGCAUCCUUCUACAUUCCCAGUCCUUGCGACAUCGUCAAAGUUUUCAGAGUCGCCCUCCACAAAAGUCACACACCCUCCAACAUCACAUGCGCACAACCCUGCCUCGGCAUUCUCAGGUCCACCGCAGCCAACCGGCGCCCUCUGUUGCUCAGCGCCCAGAUUCAGGAACAGAGUCCAAAUCUACCGCGAAGCAGAGUGAAGGAACUACGAAGCUAGGGCUUUAAUUCUCAAGCAAAAUGUGAAAAUCUCAUCAGAGCCCAGCAGACUGCACACUUCGACUCAUCCUGAUCCAAAAAAGACUACGAUGGCCAGUUCAUGAAACCCUGUGGAAGUCAAAUUUGUAUUUAGGAAAGCAAGUAAACUGGGCCACCUUUUCUCUCUGAAAACCCUUUUUAAUUAUGACUGAUGAAAGACAAAGGAUUAACCACGUCUGGACUUCAACCACAUUCUCCUCCUUUGGUGUGUGGAACAGUAAAAGUGAUGGAAAACCAAAAAGCAAGGACUAAACUGGAGCUAGACUCUGUGGAUUCAGGUGAAAGUGGUUGAAGGAAACCAGUUGAUGUAAGUCCUGGAACCAAUGACAAGGUACUAAUAAUCUGCUCCAUUGUAAGGCACAGAGUGUACUUUGUGUGCACCAGACUAGUUCUGUAUCCGAUUACUUUCCUUUAUUUUCUCUUUCUUCAGCUCUGGUUUCCUUGCUUUCUAAUUAGAAUAUAUGUUGCUUAAAGUCCUUCGGACACACAAUGACACUUGUGGAUCAACUGUCAGGCUUUCGAAGACCCACACCGAGUUCACCUUCUUAACCUUUCUUAUUUAUAAAGUCCAGAACUUAAAGCAGCAAAGAGAGAGACCAGAGAAAUGGCAGAGUCACGCAGACAUUACAUAGAUGUCUGGAUGCUGAGUUUUGACCACCCAUUAUUGUUAUGACUCACACAGACAGAGCCCAGAUACAGUGUAAAAUCUGUGCCUCCUUAACCUUUGACCUCUCUUGCCUCCCCCUGGAAUACUUUUCUCCAUUUCUCAGCCAGGCGCCCUUGCUGUUAUACCCUACAUCUGCACAGAAGCACCAAUGUCUUGGUUUAGUGCUGUUCAGAUCUGCUUUUGCCCUAAAUGCCACUGGCCACCUCGUCUUUCAAACGCGCCCUGUGGAAGUGAAGGCUUCAGCAGCGGAGACUGACGUGUGAACAUGGCUGCUAUUGCAAUAAGAUUCAUAAUCUUUUGAUAUUAAAGCCAUGGAUUCUUCAAUCAAGCCAGAACAUCUUUGCCCCAACCGAAGCCUACGUAUGAACAACGUGGGGCGAAGACGUGAAGACAGCCUAUGGCAAAAGCUCUAAGGUCACACACUUGUACAUUUUCAUUGCUCGACCAGUGAAAAGCUGCUCAUUCUGAACUGGAUCUGAAAUAUAGGAGUGGAAAUCAAGAGAGAAGGUAGACUUAAAGCCUGGUAAGACAGGUCGGCCGGUGAACUGUCGAACCGUAUCCACUUGAACUGUUGUCUGCUCAUAUUUAAGCUGUAAUUUUAUUUACAUCAUGGCAAGAGGAGCCAUUAAUGUAACUUAAAUGCUAAGUUAUAAGGAGCUUGUUUUAGAGAUUACGUAAGAGUUGCACAUGUGAGUCGGGAAAUGACUCUGCCUCAUGUUGAAAGAGGAGCAACAGUGUGGCUGGUAUUUUGAGUCUGUAUGGGGAGUCUGUAUGGGGAGUCCGUGUGUGGGUGUUGUGUGUGUGUUUGUGUCAUUAUGGCAAACUUGAUUGUAAGAAAUAUUAGACUAAUAUGUACUACCAUGAAACCAGCUUUGAGCCAUUUAGGUUUGUGUGGUGGAUGUUUUUUUUAAACACUGUAAGCUAUGAGGACAAAAAGUUAAGCCCAAAACGAUUCAUUCCCGCAACAAGCAGUUUGUUUCUGAUGAAAAAAAUGAAAGAUUGAAGGUAACAAUGUUAUAGGUGUGUCAACCUUAGAAAAUAAUAAGAAAUUAAUUACACAAUGACAAGUUAUCAAACAAUAUAGAAGCUUUUUUUUUUUUUUUUUUGGUAUGACAGUUAGUAAACCCUUCCUAAAGUUGUUGAUCCCUCGCUGGUAUUUUGGCCGUUUCCUUUCGGUGAUGAUCUCCAAGUCUUGCAGGUCGGAAGGCCUCCUUGCCAUCACCCAAAUCUUUAGCUUCCUCCAAUGAUUCUCCAUCAGGUUUGAGUUGGGACUCAGGCUGGCUAGCUCCAAAGUUUCAAAAGGAACUUGCUGGUAGGAAUAUUUUUGGGCUUAGCUGUAAAUGAAGGAAUGGACAGGCAUUUAAACAUUGAGAAAUGCAAUGCAGCCGCAGAACAAACAGCUCAAAAGGUGUUUGGGCAAAUUACCACACUGGUUUAAUCCUAUGUAAACAGGGCAAAAAACAUAUUUUGUGUGAGUUCAUUAAAUCUACACUAUCUCUUAUUUAUUAUCAGGGAUCUAGUAUUCCCAGUGCUGUGUUGUAUUUUUGCCUUUUGUUUGUAGUGAGGAAAGGUUGCAUUUCCAUCGCAUUAUCAUUGUGUCUGCUGCAAACCUCUUAAGGCAGUGCAGAUGGAAGAAGACGUAGGGCAGCAAUAUGAAAUAUUCAUUCUGUACGGAUCACUUCUGAAGCUCCAACGAGCCCAAUCACCCGAUACUUCAUUUUUUGUUUGACUCUAUUACUUGGCGUAUAACAAAGAAAGCACACAAACAGUUACACGAACAUAAACAAAGCAUUAUAAUUUAUGUUUUCAGAAGGGUGUGAAUAUUUAAAAGUCAAGUUGAGCUUGAAUUUUUAAAGUUUUGCAAUACAUAUAGUUUUUUGUUUGUUUUAUUUGAAGUAAUUUUACAUUUGAAGAGACAUGUUGUAUUUCUUGAAGGUGCAUAACACUGUAAUAGAGCGACAAUGGGUCUGUUUCAUUUUACAAACCCCCACCAAAGAUGCAUUAUAGGAUAAUCUCAUCUUUGCAUAUGUUCUUAAAUGUUUGUGGAAAAUGCAGACAAGGACUUACCUUUUAAAACAGCUAAUAGUGAUUUUUCUGUUGUAUUUGAAUGAGUUUGUGUGAAAACAUGUUGUGCUAAUUGCGUCUAUUCAUUGGGAUCAUAAAAUAUACCGUGAUGCUUUGAAAGUACUCAAACGUGACAGGUUGGUGUGUGUGUAACACUUAAGUCUUGUGAAGACAUUUGGAAACAGGACUAAGCUUUGAAAUACAGACUAUUGUACUUUAAUGGGCAAGAGUCAUCAUGUUCAGAAAACAAAUGAAUUACAAUUGGGUGUUAUUUGUAUAAAGUUACUCAAAUAACAUAAAUAUAAAACUAUGUGUAGUUUUAACGAGGUUUCCUUUGUAUCUUCACACAAGAGAAGCGACAAUUUUUUUUCAGUGUCUGAGCCAAAUGAAUGAUAGUCAUUUUUCUGACUUUCCUUCCAAAUUCCAGUGUGGUUGAUGUAAACUUGAAGUUAAUUUGUAGGACCAAGCUCUAUGUUGUGUGAAAACUAGUUGCAGAGGGACCUGCAGAGUGUGAGUGGUGUAACACUCAGUUUAUUCAGUACACAGCUACGUUAGUGCAGCGUGGUCAAACCCUUAAAAAAAAAAAGCACACUAAGUGAUUAUGUGUAGAUAACUGAGACUUUUAGCUGCUUCCUUUCACAAGAGUAAUGUUUUUUACACAACCACUGUCCAGCUCACAAAUAACAAGCAGACUAAUCUAGUCACACAGCUUGUAGAAAAAAGUGAGAUGAUGCAUUUGUGCAUCAAACCAGUGUUGUUCAGAGCUGGAGCAGGUCUGAAUACGGCCAGAAUUUAAUUCUCUGCAAUCACACAAGGGGAUUUGCUACUGCGGCAAAUUACAGGCCGACUGGGCUAAUCAGAAUUUGCUUUUAAACCCUGGCAGGGUUGCUGGUUUGUUAGGUCUCCAAUCUGUGGCUUUGUUACCCCAAGUGGAUAAAUUAUGACAUAAAUAUGUUAUGAGCUGCAGUUUGAUCUAGAAACUUGAUCAUCGCUACUUUCCUGUUGGAUUUGUUGUCAAAAUUAUGAUAUGAGCCUUUUAAAGCGAACCAUAAAGUUGGUAGCUUAACUUAUUGUGUACUGGCUUUGGGGGAAAGGUACAUUUUACAAUUAAAAUAUGAUUUUAUGUUUUGUUUUUUGGGGGGGGUUUUUUUGUAGAUUGUCAUUUCAUAAUGUGAAAUUGAAGUAAUUUUGAACAUUUUGGGUCCUUCGGGUUUUGUAUGAAACUGAUGUUUUGAGUAAUCGCAUCAUUUGUGUAAAGGGUUUAAAGCUGAACCACUGAAUCAGAUUUUCUGCCAUCUGUCCAGCGUAAUUUAUAUAGACAUGAAGGUAAAUGAAUCGGAUCAAAGCCGACGUGUGGAAAUGUUUCUUGUCUAACUAGGAUUCAGAUUAAAAAUGUGUCAGGUUUUUUUUUUUCCUGUAUUAGUUAUUCUUUUAUAAGUGAUUUGCUAUAAGUGCUCUAUUGUCUGAAAGAAGCAUUUGCAGCCCUUGUUUUUUCUUUUCUUUUCUUUUUAGUGGAAACAUGUAAUAGUCAUGAUGUUGUGUUCCUCUGUUUUUUUUUUGUUUUUUUUUUUAAAUGUGAAAAGUACUAUAAAAAUAUCUACAGUAAAAUUUCACAUUCCCAUCAGCAACUCUUAUUUUUAUUCAUAUGAACCUUCGGUAACAGGAUAUGUUUGUGUUUAGUAAAACAGGGAAUCAGACUAAAAGCGAAGGGUUUUAUAGAACAUGUUAUUCUGCUGACCAGGUCGUCCAUUUUAGCUUUGAUCUGAACACUGUUUUUCUUUCUCCCCAUUUCCUGUUUUCUAGGAUUUAUCUGUGAAUUAAGAUAUACGUAUAUAUAUAUAUAUUUUCUGAUUUGGUGAAAAAAGUGUGAAUGAAUGACGGGGUUCUGGAAAAAAAAAACAAAAAACAAAAAGAAAAACCAGGAGACAAUCAGAGCUCCAAAGCUUCGCGGUGAUGGAUUGUGAAUGUAAUGAAUAAAGCGAGAACGAUUUCA